AUGGGCAACCCUAGUAACAAUUAUCUUUGUAACAUGCCCCAAUCGAAGUUCUCAUCUCUCUUUCUCUCAUUCUUGCUCCACUGCCUCAUCAUCUCUAUCGCUAGUGAUUCUGCGCCACCUUAUACUCCAACUGAAAAUAUAACCCUCUCCUGCGGCUUCUCCGACAACUCUAUUGCAUCAUUAGAUGGUCGAAUCUGGAUUGGAGACAUCAAACAAUUACAGAACAACGCAUCAGUAACCUCUGCAACCGCUCAACCAGCACCCUCCAUCACUGUACCUUACCGCACAGCACGCCUUUCUCGUUCGGAGUUCACCUACGUAUUCCCGCAGGUCACUGCUGGUAAAAAAUUCAUUCGACUAUACUUCUACCCGGUUACGUACCAAAACUAUGAGCGCUCUGAAGCCCUCUUCUCUGUCAAAGUGGGUCCUUAUACUCUCCUUCAAGAAUUUAAUGCAUCGGUUACUGCUGAUGCCGAUGCUAAUCCCUCGAAUACUAUACAAAGAGAAUUCUGCAUCAACAUCGAAGAUGAUCAAGGGUUAAACAUAACGUUUGCUCCAAGCCAUGCUAACUUGGAGGCAUACGCAUUCAUCAACGGAAUAGAAAUCAUAUCAAUGCCACCAUUUCUUUAUUACAGUGCUGAGAAAGACCAGGGGUUUGAGUUUAUCGGACAAGAAAACAAUUUGGCGCGCAUCGAAAACGACCAUGCUCUCGAGACACUAUACCGAAUAAACGUGGGUGGGAGUGAUAUCUCGCCUGCUCAAGACACAGGUAUGUUCCGGACGUGGUCAUCUGAUGGCGACUAUUUGACGGUGCCAGGGUCAAGUGUUUUACCCGUUAACUUGACUAUUCGCAUCCUGUUUAAGGGAACUGCUCCUUACACCGCGCCAGAAGAAGUCUAUCGAACCGCCAGGACUAUGGGGACGGAUAAGGAGAUAAACAAGAAUUACAGUCUCACCUGGGAGUUUCCUGUGGAUUAUGGGUUCUCGUACCUGGUUAGGUUGCAUUUUUGCGAGUUUCAGCCCGAGAUUAAUAAAGAGGGUGAUAGAGUGUUCCUUAUUUUCAUAGAUAAUCAAAUUGCGGAGAAAAGAUUCGACGUGAUCUCAUCUAGUGGUGGAAAAGGCGUUCCGGUAUAUAAGGACUACGCAGUCUUGAUGCCAACUGCCCAAGGAAAAGAGAAGAAGCUAAUAAACCUCUCUGUCGCGUUGCGAGCAAACCCAGCUGAUUGGCAGACCGUUCGCAGUGAUGCGAUCUUGAAUGGUAUUGAAAUUUUCAAAUUAAGUGACUUUAACCGCAAUCUCGCUGGACCCAAUCCGGACCCACUACCGAUCAUCCCAACAACGACUGCGCCGCCUAGCCAAUUUUUCGGAAAGCAAACAAGGGUUGCAAUCUCGAAAAAAACAAAAAGUAUACUUGGAAUUGUGGUUCCCGGAGUGGUUGUGCUGUCGAUUAUCGGCUUCUUGCUUUUCAGGCGAGCCAAGAGAGUAAAGCGCGAGUGCUCGAGUAACCGGACAUCGUGGUGGCAUCCAUUUUCGUUUUCUAAGACCAAGUCCAACCAGACUAGCGGCUCAUAUCUACCGUCUGAUUUAUGUCGCUACUUCUCAUUGGCUGAGAUCAGAGCAGCCACCAACAAUUUCAAUGAUGUUUUUAUCAUUGGGGUUGGGGGUUUUGGCAACGUCUACAAAGGGUAUAUUGAUGAUGGGGCCACCCCAGUUGCGAUCAAGCGACUGAACCCAGGGUCACAACAGGGGGCUCACGAGUUCAAGACCGAGAUCGAGAUGCUCUCCCAGCUCCGCCACCUCAAUCUUGUCUCUCUGAUUGGCUAUUGCAAUGAUGGCCGCGAGAUGAUCCUCAUCUACGAUUACAUGGCUCAAGGUACCUUCCGUGACCAUCUCUACAACACUGAUAAUCCUCCUCUUUCAUGGAAACAACGGCUUGAGAUCUGUAUAGGUGCGGCACGUGGGUUGCAUUACCUUCACAGAGGCGCAAAGCAGACGAUCAUACAUCGUGAUGUGAAAACAACGAAUAUAUUAUUGGAUGAGAAAUGGGUGGCCAAGGUGUCGGAUUUCGGAUUGUCUAGAAUGGGUCCCACUGGUGUGUCCAUGUCCCAUGUAAGCACAGUGGUGAAGGGCAGUAUCGGUUACUUGGACCCAGAGUAUUACCGACGUCAGCAACUAACUGAAAAAUCCGACGUGUACUCAUUUGGUGUGGUUUUGUGCGAAGUGUUGUGUGGAAGACCACCGUUGAUUCGCAAUGCUGAUAAAGAGCAAGUGAGCCUUGCAGAGUGGACCCAGCAAUGGUAUCGCAGGGGAAAGCUUGAUCAUAUAGUAGAUCCAUUUUUGAAGGGAAAAAUUGCGCGGGAGUGUUUGGAGAAAUUUGGUGAGAUCGCAAUAAAUUGUAUGCUUGAUAAUGGAAUGGAGCGGCCAUCGAUGAGCGAUGUGGUAUGGGGCCUUGAAUUCGCAUUGCAAUUGCAGGAGAGCAAAAAUGAUAAAAUGGCCCCAAUUAGUGAUUGUGAUGAAGGAUUUAAUAGUAACAGUGGAUGCGAGCCUAAUGGAAAAAGUAGCAUGGUGACCAAAAGUAUAGUUUCAAAUAGCUUCAUAUCUGGGGCAGCAUUCUCUGAGCUUAUGGAUCCAAAAGCACGAUAAAGAAUACGGUACCUAACUUGUAAACUAUCUAGUUAUAAGAGAGGGAGAUCGAGCGGGAGAGAUUUUUUUUUUUUUUU